AGCUUUAUGAUCACUCGCACGUGUAAAAACUUGGAAAAUGGCGUCGUUUGGUAAUGCAAUUCCUCCUCCGUCAAAGCCAGCUGACGCUAAUGCUGCGUUUGCAGAUGCCUUAAAAAGAGCAAAAGAGAUCGCUGCAAGAAUGGGCACUGGUCCAGCUGCUGCCACUGGUGCUGGAGAAGCAGCUAAAAGACCCUUAGAGGCGUCCUCAGGUGGAGAACCUGAAGCCAAAAAACCUAUGAUUCAAGGAUCCAAUGAUAUAGUUAUUGAUGCAAAAGCCAUUGCAAUGCAAGUUGCUGCUAAUAUUGCACAAAGAGCUGGCUUACAGUCUGCGCCUGUUGAGUUGAAAGUUCCAAAUAAAUAUGUUGGACUAAUUAUUGGAAAGGGAGGCGAACAGAUAAACAAGUUACAGUCAGAAACUGGGGCGAGAGUUCAAGUUGCACCAGACCCACCUCCUGGACCCACACCUCCCCCAGAUCGUGCCGUCACAAUAUCUGGUAACACAGAGGCUGUAGAAAAAGCAAAAAAUCUUAUAUUAAAGAUAUGUGAGGAUGGAAAGGUUCCCGAGUCACUUAUGUCUGUGCCAAUGGUUGCUCCCGGUGAAACAAUGAUGGAGGUUAUGAUUCCGGCUUCAAAAGUUGGAUUAAUAAUUGGAAAAGGCGGAGAGACCAUAAAGAACAUACAGGAACGUGCUCAAUGUAAAAUGGUUAUGGUUCAAGAUGGACCGUGGUUGAGUGCACCUGAGAAACCACUUCGUAUCACAGGAGAGCAAUCGAGAUGUCAGAGGGGCAAAGAUUUGGUCAUGGAUUUAUUAACAGAGAAGGAACUUGAACAGAUCCAACAGAAAGGAUCAGAUUUCAUGGGUAGACCAACUAACGAAUAUGGUACACCAAUUGGUGGUGGCCAUAAUUCAGGCAGUCAAAAUCAAAUUCCAGUUCCAAAAGAAAGUGUUGGAUUCAUCAUUGGUAAAAAUGGAGACACAAUCAAAAGAUUGCAAGCUGAGACAGGAGCUAGAAUACAGUUCAAACCUGAUGAUAUCAAUUCACCAACAAGAAUGGCAACAAUCCAAGGUCCUCCUGAGCAAGUGCAAAGAGCAUCACAAAUGAUCAGAGAGAUUGUUGAACAGUCACGGACAUCACGUGGUUCACGUGGUGGACCUCCAAUCCCUAGUGGACCCGGUGUUAAGAAAGUUGACAUGCCUGUCCCUGCUGCAAAAUGUGGUCUUGUUAUUGGAAGAGGAGGUGAAACAAUACGACAAAUCAAUCAAUGUACAGGAGCACAUGUUGAAUUGAAUCGUAAUGUUCCUGAAAAUGGACCUACUCGACUUUUUACUUUACGAGGCACAGACGAACAAAUCCAACAAGCGCAAAACAUGAUUCGUGACAAAGUCAAUGAUGGUCCAGGUGGCUCUUAUGGACAGCAAAAUUAUGGACAGCAAAAUGAAUUUCAUCACGGAGGCUAUCAACAACAAAAUCAACAACAACAAAAUCAACAACAAGGAUGGAUGGGUUACCCAAACUAUCAACAAUAUGCUCAACAACAAAAUCCUUACGGACAACAACAACAACCAAAUAACUAUGGACAACAGCAACAACAAGGAGGAGGACCUGGUGAUCAACAAGGUCAAAAUCCUGUGUCAUCUGGAGCACAGACGUCAAACAGUGGUCAGGGCGGACAACCAGAUUACAGUGCUGCAUGGGCAAUGUAUUAUCAACAGAUGUAUCAACAACAAGCCGCUGGACAAAAUACAGCCGGUAACGCGGCUCAAGGUGGACAACCAGAUUACACAGCUCAAUGGAUGGAAUAUUAUAGACAACAAGGUUAUUACUAUCCAUAUGGUCAAACCGGACAGCAACAAGGUCAACAACAGGGUCAACAAUCAGGACAACAACAACAAUCUGCACCUAUUCAAGGACAACAGCCAGGACCUCCACAAGGUCAUUCACAACAACGAUAAUACAAUGCAUUUCACAAAUUAAACCUCUCAUUUAGUGUAUUGUUUUAUGGCGAGCAUUGAUGGUGUACACUGAAUGAAUGUAUUUAAAAACAGUUGAUUGUUUUCGCAUUAUAAAUCGCUAGAUCUUUUAUUACCAUAUGUCUCUUAGUUUAAAUUAUGUACCUAAAAUUUCCUAAUUUAAAUUAAAAUUUGAAUUUGUUAUAAUA